GUUCACUUGUCAGACUACCCUGAACUUGAUUUCUCACCAAAUAUUAAGGCAACCAAGGGGAUGCAGCGAAUGGCGAUAUCAGAUUAUAUUAAUGAGCAACCAAGACGUUGGCAGAGACGCAGUGGGGAUGCAAAAGAAACAGUCUAUGUGUGUUGAUUUUGCAGAGCGAAGACUCUGUCAGCUGCUUUUCCUCAGCUUUGGCGUGCUGUGUAUCUUACAAGCCACUCUCAAUGUUGCUCUACGCCUUACUUUGUACUCAAACAAGGAAUCGACCCACUCAGGCUGCAACGUAACUCAUUUUAGUGACCAAAACCAGGUGAAGGAGGUGCAAAUGGAUUGUAAGUACAACAGAUUACAAGAAAGACUCAACGCCUUGACCAGAGACAGGGACCUGCUUGAAAACCGAAACACCGAACUCACCAACACGAUAAAGGCAGUGGAGGAGGACAGGGACAGAUGGAAAAUGAAGCUGAGGGAGCUGAGUGGUUGUGCGUCCUCUCAGCAGUGUCCUGCAGAUUGGAAGGAGAUCAACUCCAGAUGUUACUUCCUUUCCACUGAGAGUAAAACAUGGGAGGACAGCAGAACAUAUUGUCUGAGUAAAGAUGCUGACCUGGUGGUGAUCAACAGCGAAGAGGAACAGAGGGCUUUGUACCGUCUGGAUGGGAAAGUCGAUCUCUUGUUCUGGAUUGGUCUGUAUGACACAGCUGGGACCUUUAAAUGGGUGGAUGGAUCUGCGCUGACCAGACCAUUUUGGCAGUCUGGCCAGCCGGAUCGUGGUGGUCCCAACAACAGAGAGGACUGUGUGGAGAUGUAUCACUUCAACCAAGUGGUGGCCAGCUGGAAUGACGCCCCCUGUGGAGCCAAGCGGCGCUGGCUGUGUGAGAAAGAUCCAUAUACCAGUUCAUAGUAUCAGCUCAAGAACAUACUAUUAUGUACAUGUGCUUUUGCAUGCUGCAAAACAAAGAAGUUCACAUUUAAAACAAUUGUGAAUGAAAAAACUUUCAGCUACUUUGUGAAAUUAAAUUAUACGAUGUGCUUAGUGGCAUACUUUGUGUUGCUUGGAGGUCUUUUGUGAUACACGUUGUGCUAAAUUUAAUGUAUAUAAUGUAUUUUUUUAUGGUAUAUUUUUGUCUUCAAUAGCUUUAGUGGGGCCCUUCAUUUGUUAACCAACAUAAUAUAUAAAUUAAUAGAAAUAGAAAAAUCAGUUAAGGAUCAAUAAUACAUACUAAUGUAAUGUUAUUUAGUUCCCAUUUACCCUAUGGAUUCGGAUUGAUUGAUAUAUUAUAUGAAUAUCAUUUAAAGCAGGUUCGUGUAGAGAAUUUGUCAGGGGAGGUUAAGAUGUUAUGCACAAUCUGACCAAGAUGUUCCCCUGGAGAUGCCAAAGCAGCUAUUAAACACAAUUCAUGUUAUUAUUAUUUAUUAUUAUAGUGUAAACAAGACAACAAAUACAAAAUAAAAUAAUUUGAUGAUA